GAUGACCACAUAACACAAGAUUCGAAAAAGGAGUGCGCAAAAGACGAAUAAUAACAGUUUGACAUGAUGGUUCAGCUGGACUGCGGCAAUAAAGUUUUGGGACCAGCAAGUUUCUCUCUCUGUUUUGUGAUAACAGCUGGGCUUCUGUCCAUGAUUGAGAGCACAACAGCUAGCGGAUAUAAUCAAGACACAGAUAGUUCUCCUGAUGGACUUCCCAACUACGAAGUUGUUCAUCCUGUCAGAUUGGAUUCAUCAGGACAUUUUUUGUCCAAUCGUGUGUCUCACCGUGUGAGUCGAGUUCAAAGGAGGGAGACAGCAACAAACAAAGAGAGCCUGGCCCAGGUUUUUUACCAUCUGCAGUAUGGUGGUCAAGACCUGCACUUUAACCUCACCCUAAACCCUCAUCUACUAUCCCCUGGAUUCCUCACAGAGUGGAGACACGGUGGUCUGCAAGGAUCUACAUUACAUAGCCAUGGCCACUCUCUCUGCUACUUCCUGGGAGAUGUCUGGAGCAGUACAUUGAAGAAGGGGCAAGCAGCUUUGAGCACUUGCAAUGGCCUGACAGGGCUGUUCAAGCUUUCAGAGGAGGAAUUCUUUAUUAGUCCACUGGAGACGGCACGAGAAGAGUCGGCCCCACAGGCUCACGCAAUCUACAAGCGACAUGCUGUCCAAUCAGAACACCAGUUGGUGCAGCCUCUGUUUGGUGAGCACACAGCUAACGCGACCUGUGGGGUCAGAGAUCCUUUAGAAGGGGAAAAGCAGGUGGAGAGGCAAAGAGAGCGCUGGGAGAGACGUCAACAUCGCAGACGGAUUAGACAGCGCUCCAUAAGCACUGAGAAGUGGGUAGAGACUCUGGUAGUGGCUGAUCCUAAAAUGGUGGAGUACCAUGGGAGCAAAGGAGUUGUGAGCUAUGUGCUUUCUGUCAUGAAUAUUGUGGCAGGGUUAUUUCGGGACACCAGCAUUGGAAAUGCCAUCAACAUCGCUGUCGUGCGUCUCAUUCUGCUGGAAAAGGACGAGGAGGAUUUGAAAAUCACCCAUCAUGCUGACAACAGCCUGAACAGCUUCUGUAAGUGGCAGAAAGGCAUCAAUAUGAAGGAUGAUGAUCAUCCUGUGCACCAUGAUGUGGCAGUCCUGAUUACUAGAAAAGACAUUUGUGCUGCCAUCAAUAAACCUUGUGAGACACUGGGACUGUCUCAUGUGGCUGGAAUGUGCCAACCUCACCGCAGCUGCAGCAUCAAUGAAGACACAGGCCUGCCCCUGGCAUUUACAAUCGCACAUGAGCUCGGCCACAACUUUGGGAUUCAGCAUGAUGGGACCGGCAAUGACUGUGAGCCCAUUGGGAAAAGACCUUUCGUCAUGUCUCCACAGCUCCUGUAUGGAACCUCUCCACCCAACUGGUCACGCUGCAGCCGUGAAUACAUCACCCGCUUCCUAGAUCGAGGCUGGGGGUGGUGUCUGGAUGAUCCUCCUGUCAGAAACGAUCUGGAGAUGCACUCUGCUCCCCCUGGCGUCCUGUAUAGCGCUGCUCAUCAGUGCAAGCUCCAGUACGGAUCCAGCUCACUGCUCUGUGACGACGUAGAUAAUAUCUGCAGCACCCUGUGGUGCACAGUGGGCUUAACCUGCCACUCGAGACUGGAUGGAGCUGUGGAUGGAACCAAGUGUGGUGAGGGCAAGUGGUGUUUUGAUGGGGAGUGUGUGGAGACGGGCUUCCAGCCUAAAAGCGUGAAUGGAGGCUGGGAUUCAUGGAGCGAGUGGUCCGGGUGCACUAGAACGUGCGGUGUAGGCGUACAGAAUGCCCAGAGGGACUGUGUCAACCCUGUACCCAAGUAUGGUGGUAAAUACUGUCUCGGAGAGCGCCGCAGAUAUCGAACCUGUAAUCAUGACCCCUGCCCUGCAGACCGGCUCAGCUUCAGGCACAUCCAGUGCAGCCGCUUUAAUACAGUCCCUUAUAAGGGAAAGUUUUAUAAAUGGAUACAUGUGAAUAACAGAGUUAAUCCGUGUGAGCUGCACUGUAGACCUGUGAAUGAGCACUUUUCUGAAAGGAUGCUGGACACUGUCGUAGAUGGAACACAGUGCUAUGAGGGCAGUCAGAGCCGUGACAUUUGCAUUAAUGGCAUUUGUAAGUAUUUAGGCUGUGAUUAUGAGAUUGACUCAGAUGCCGUUGAGGAUCAAUGUGGAGUGUGCCAUGGAAAUGGAUCUACUUGCGAGACAGUGAGGAAGACCUUUGAGGACAGCGAAGGGCUCGGCUAUGUAGACAUAGGUUUAAUUCCGGAAGGAGCACGGGACAUCCGUAUUGAGGAAGUCGCAGAGGCUGGGAACUACUUGGCAUUACGCAGUAAUGACCCUGAAAAAUAUUUCCUGAACGGUGGCUGGACGAUCCAGUGGAAUGGCGAGUAUAAAGCAGCAGGAACAGUAUUUACUUACGAAAGGACCGGGCAGCUGGAAAACCUAUCUUCCCCCGGACCGACCAUGGAGCCAGUGUGGAUUCAGCUGCUUUUUCAAGAGACGAAUCCAGGGGUGAGGUAUGAGUACACCAUAAGCAGAGACACUCUUGUCGACUCCAACAAUGGCACUGCUGUCUCUUAUUUCCAGUGGAUUUAUGGGUCUUGGACUGAAUGCAGCGCCACAUGUGGAACUGGUGUGCAGAGGCAAGUUGUGCACUGUGUGGAGAGAACAUCUGGAAUUGUUGAGGAGCAUUACUGUGAUCCAUCUACUAGGCCGGAUGACAAGCAAAGUAAAUGCAAUAAGGGGGCAUGUCCAGCCAUAUGGUGGGUUGGAGAGUGGCAAAAGUGCUCAUCUAGCUGUGGGGACAUUGGGCUUAGUAAGAGAACAGUGCUGUGUAUUCGGAGCCUAGGGCUGGAUGAGCAACGAGCGCUUCAGCCGACUGAAUGUCAACACUUGCCUAAGCCUGAGUCAAUUGUCCCUUGCAACACACAUGUGUCCUGUCCUGCUGACUGGACCACUGGAAGCUGGUCGGAGUGUUCAGUGAGCUGUGAAGCUGGUUUCCAGAUACGUGACGUGACCUGCAGUUGGAAUACUGGUGUGGACUGUGAUCCGAAAGCCAAGCCUAAUUCAACUAUGCCAUGCUAUCUUCAGGACUGCCCCAUAAACUCAGACACCCUUGGCAAUGACUGGUCAGGAAGUGGAGCGUCCAGCAAAGAAGUUUUCAAUGAGAUAAAAGUUGUACCCAACUUUAGUGCUACUAGAAAUCAGCCCAGGGACAAUGCUGACCUCAAUGACAUUAUAGAAGACGAUUUCUCACAUUAUAGUCAAGUUGAUAAGCCCUCUGUCAAUUCUAUUGUGAAAAAUCUUCAAGUUGAUGAUUUUUAUUACGACUAUAACUUUAUAAGAUUCCAUGAGGAUCUGUCGUAUGACCUUGGUAAAGAUGAAAAUGAUAUGUUUGAUAACUCAGGAAUUAAACAUGGAGACAUUUCUCCGACAGGGACACAUGUCCCUUUAACUACCUCAUCACCAUCCACCACUAUGCGAUCUGACACCAUUACAAACAAAGGUACAGAAGGUCAUGAACCUCAAAAGAAAGACAUACUAGAUGAAAAUAAUGAUGAGCUAUUUGCUGAGGACUAUUUCCUGCCUGUCGUAACAACAACUGAACCGUCCUCUGCAGUUACCAGGUUAUUUAACAAAUGGAAGGACAUUGAUAUUGUCUUAAGUCAGGACAUUAGUACUACAAGGAAACCUCCAUUAACUGCAGAUUUGUCCACUCCAGACAUGCACACAUCAUAUGAAACUGUGCCACGCAUUUUUUUUACUCUUAAACCACAUGUAAAUUUGAACAGAAAUUCAGUUAACCAUGACAAUUACAAAGUAACUGAAGAUGAGAAUGAAGAAGAGUUUGGUGAAGAUGUCCCUGGAGGUGAAAGUGAACCACACCAUGGCACUCAAAAUUAUGAACCUCCUUCAGAUUAUGUGUUUCAGUUUGAAACUUAUGAGAACAGACAUGUUCAUAAUCCCACUACUCCAUUACAACGGAGUGCAGCCUCACCGACAAUCUCCCAACCAUUGGAGCUUCUCAGCAGUGCUUCCAGUGAUGACUUUGCAAAAUACAAAGUUCUGACGGAACCAACUAUUAACACUAAGGAGAGUGAACUCACUGUAAGAGAGUUCACUACGACCUCAGAUACCCUUUCUCAAGAGUAUGUUCCUUCUCCAACUUCCUCUCUCCCAGCCAAACAUUACAGUAGCAUGACCUCAGCAGCUGGAACAACAGCUCUACCUCCUGCAAAAAUGGAAAGUGAUUUUGAGCCCCCGCUGUUCACUACAAGUGAGAUUCCAUACACUACAAUUACAACAGAGACUCAAAGUUGGUAUUCCAGAGCCAUUGCAUCAACCAAGACUAAUGGGCCUAGAAUAGAGCCUUGGGGAACUCCGGUCCCCUUACCUCACUGGACAGAGAUUGAUAACAAUGAGAUUAUUAUUGCCCGAACGCUGAGACCUGCUGGGCUGAAUCCCACUCUCUCUAUUCCUACUGAGCAGUCAUCUCAGGGCCCUAGCAGUGAGCAUUCAGUGCAUUCUUCUAGCUCUUUGAUGCCCACUGGGCUGGUCAUGCCUUCCCUUUCCCCAUCGGCCUCCCCUGCACACUGGAAAAAAGGCAACUGGAGUGCUUGCUCAACAAGUUGUGGGCUUGGUGCCAUCUGGAGGUCAGUGUCCUGCAGCACUGGUGAUGAUUCAGACUGUGACAUAGCUACUAGGCCAGUGCCAGCACGCCGCUGCUACCUUCGACCCUGCUCUGCAUGGAAAAUUGGAGAGUGGACUAAAUGCUCAAAGAAUUGUGGUGUAGGAGUGAAGGUCAGAGAGAUUCAGUGUUACGACACAAGAGAUCAGAGGUUGCUGCGGCCGUUUCAUUGCCAGGCCACCUCCCCCAGACCUCCUGUCCGAAUUCCUUGCAACAUCCACAACUGUUUAGAGUGGUACACAUCCUCUUGGGGGCAGUGUUCAGAGCUGUGUGGAGGUGGGGAGCAGCAGAGGCUGGUCACCUGCCCUGAAACUGAGAAAUGUGAUGAUGACCUACAGCCCAGCAACAUCCAAACUUGCAAUGUCCAUCCAUGCCACCAGUGGAUUACUGGAUCCUGGGGUCAGUGCUCGGUGUCCUGUGGAGGAGGUGUGCAGCGGCGACUGGUUAAAUGUGUCAACACUAAGGCUGAGCUCGAGGAUGAAAAUGAGCAUGUUGAUUGUGAUCACGAACCUCGACCAGAGAACACAAAGAAGUGUAACACUCAUGACUGUGACAGCGCCCCCUCUGGUCAGUUGUGUUUACGGGACCAUUUGACGUUACGCUUCUGUCAGAGCCUCCAAUGGCUCGGCCGAUGUCAAGUGCCUGCGGUCCGCGCAAAGUGCUGCAAGACCUGCGGGCUGCCAUCACGGGGUGGCGAUCGCAUUGCAAGUCGCUGAGAUACAGGAGAAUUGCAGAAUGACUGUUGAAAGCCAGAGAACACAAGAUUAAGACACACAAAUACUCAAAGCAACUAUGGAUCAAUCCACUGUUGGACAGACUUUCAUCUGGUCUGGUCAAGCUGUUGCCAUUGAUCAACAGUUCAUCAGGGAGCUACUUUGUCCCUACGUCCUUUAACACAUACAGUAAGUGGUGCUUAUUUCCGCCCGUCAUCUCAGAUAAGUGGUAGUAGAGCAGGCAGAGUGGAUCAUCUUGCCAUCUCACUAUAGAUGUAGGGAUGAUGUAUUUUUAGCAUGUAUAGUUAGCAUUUUAGUUGUUCCGGUUCUGUCAACAAGUCAACAGAUUUAUUAAGGGGUUUUUUGGCAAAUGCCUGAAAUAAGGUCUGUGGUUAAUGCAAGCACAUAAUAUUUCCAUUUUUUAUUCUAUGGCGUAAAAUACAUCAGUAAAACCCACUUGUGAUUUUUCUUUUGCUUGUCUUGAAAAGGUUGGUUGCUAACAAGAGGCUUAAUGGGACUACUUUUUUUUAAGGAGUUGUCAGAAGUGGUGGUGAUGCCUACAUAACUUUGAAACAAACAAAAUUGGUCACAGAGCACAUUUUAUGCAAUAAUCCAAAAGCCAAUGGAAAAAUCCUGUUCAUCAUCACUGCAGUGACUACUAUAGUAAUUAAACUUUCUUUUCUGAUUAGCAAAUGAUGGAACAAAUGUGCUUAUAAUUUGGCUAUUUUAAUCAUAUCUUUUUUAUUCUAUCAGGAAUUCAGGACUGCAGUUCGAGAGUUAUUUUUAUUUCUAUGUUUUGUACUGUUUCACUUGUUUUUAUUCAAAACACAGAUAACCACAAAGCCAAAAUGCAAUUCCAUAUAAUUGCAAAGGUUGCAGAUGUUUCUAUUUAUUAAAGCUGAUGACAAAUCAGAUGUCAAACCAGAAAAUGAAGUACCUGGUGCUGCAACAUAAAGUGGUGCUAAAGGUAGGGAGCUCCUCACUCAGUCUAGUGUUGGCUGGUACUUGAAUUCAAUACACACUAUUUAUAGUACCUUAACUUUAUAAGUCUGCAUUACCCUUUGGAUUAAUAAUCAUAUAGACAGAAAAAAUAAUGCAGUGUACCACUUUUCAAAAUUUAUACAACAUAGAAUAGCUUAAUGUCUGCUUUCAUAAAGUAUAAAGAAUUUCUUUUCAUUCAGUUAAAUGCUUACGGAGUAUAAUAUGAGAUACAACCGUUAAAGACAUCAGUUUAAGUAAAAACUGUCAAAAUGUUUGUCGGGUACAUUGAAAUAUUACACUAAGUAAAUGUUUAGUAUGGUUGUUUUUGCCUUUUUAUAAUACAUGACCACUAACUGUGCAUUCAGUCUUAAGAUGCGGUCACAUUUGUGAGAUUUCUGCAAAGUUUUGUAGUCAAAAAUGGUCUGUUGUCAAUAGUGUAAGAGGCGUAGUUCACAUAGAAGACACAUGCAAACCAAACAUCUUCCUGAUCACCUGGAAUCCUAUUGAAAUGAAUGGAUUUCACCUGCAAAAAACUGCUGAACAGCAUAUGUGAACACACCUUUAAGGUGCUUUCAUUAGUAAUAUUUAAUUGAAAUUUCACAGCAAAAAAAAGUCAGUUUUCUACUGUUUCUAUCGUCUUUUCUCAUCGUCAUCAUGGUGACUUAAGUGGACCAACUUCGAAACGAGUGAAAUAAAUGUAGGGAAUGUAUUCGCCCUCAUGCGAAACUUCAUUUUGUCCCGAUUUCCAUUUACAGUGCCUUGCGAAGGUAUUCAUACUCCUUGAUUUUUUUUUUUUUUCACAUUUUAUAUAGCAGCCUAAUGUUAAGCUGCUUUAAAUUACUUUUUCCCCCACAUCAAUUUACACUUCAUACACCAUAAUGACAAAGCAAAAAACAGAUUUGUGGCAACUUUAUUAAAACUAAAACACUGCAGUAAGUACAUUGCAUAAGUAUUCAUACCCUUAACUCAGUACUUAGCUGAAGCACCUUUACCAGCACAUUUUACUUUUGGAAUGGUACUCUGACUGCAGGUGAUGAGCAGUGCUUGAUUUCCUUCAAAUGCUUGGAACUGAGGUUCGUCAGACCAGAGAAUCUUGUUUCUCACAGUCUGAGAGUUCUUUAGGUGAAUUUUUUUUUUUUUGCAAAUUCCAAGUGUUUUUACUGUGUGUCUUCACUGAGGAGACGACUGAGUUUGGCCACACCGCCAUAAAGACCGGAUCGGUAGAGUGUUGCAGUGAUGUUUGUCCUUCUGUAAGUUUCUCCCAUCUGCAUAUAUGAUCAUGGAGCUCAACCAGAGUGACCAUCAGCUUCUUGGUCACCAGUAUAACCAAGUCCCUUCUCCAUCAGUCGCUCAGUUUGACCAGGAGGCCAGCUAUAGGAAAAGUCCUAGUUGUUCCAAGCGUCUUUCCAUUAUGGAUAAUGGAAGCAACAUGCAUCUGUGAACCUUCAAUGCAGCAGAUUUUUUUCCUGAACUCUCCCCCAGAUUUGUGCCUUGGCCUGUUUCUGAACUCUGCAGGCAGUUAUGUUGACCUCAGGGCUGGUUUUUGCUCUGAUAGGCAUUUUCAACUGUUAGACCUUUUCUGAGAGGUGUGUGCCUUUCCAAACCAUACUCAUUCAAAUGGAUUUGGCAUGGUUUAACUCCACUCGAAGUGUAGUCACAUCUACAAGCGAUAUGAAUGCUCCUGACCUAAAUCUCAAGUGUCCCAGAAAAUGCUAUGAAUACUUGUGCAGUAGAAUCAUUUCAGUUUUUUAUUUCUAAUACAUUUGCAAAGUUGUUACAAACCUGUUUUGUGCUUUGUCAUGAUGGUGUAUGGAGUGUAGAUUGAUGUGGGGAAAAAAGUAAUUUAAGAGGUUUAACAUAAAACUGCAACAUAAUAAAACGUGAAAAAAAAAUUAACUGUAAAUGAUUGCAUAUAUCCCAUGAAAAUUAGCCAAAUAACUGUACAUGUGACCGCACCUUGAGUUGUAGCCUGUGUUGUGUAAACUGUAUUGCAUAUUCUCUUAAACUAAACCAAAACGAAACUUUUUGUUGAGUUGCUUUAGGUAUCAUUUGUUGGUUUUAUGUGGAAAAAAAAAAAGCCGGUAGCACAUUUUCAUCUAAUAUUCCAUCUCUGCAUGACACCUACUUUACUUUCAUCACUCGUUCAUCCAGGGACCAUGUGAUACACCUGCAGUGUACAUUAUUUGUUUCUGUUGUUUUGUUCUAAUCAUUUAGAUAAGAGGUCUGCGCUGCAUUACUAACAACUGACCAACAUCAAAGAGCAAAUGCAACAUAUUUUGUUUGUCAGGUUGCACUGAGACAUGUAAUUCAUUUGUAAUAAUGUUCUAUUCUUUAAGUGUUUGUUUAGGCUUGUAAUUCUGUGCUUAGCUGUUGUUUCAGGACUGUCCUGUAUGUAGACAUAAGUAAUACUUUACAAUAAGAUCCUUUUAGUCAACAUUUGUAAAUGCAUUAGCGAACAAUGAGCAAUACAUUUGUUACAAUGUUUGUUGAUCUUUGUUAAUAUUAGUUAAGAAAUAUACAACUGUUUAUUGUUCAUCUUAGCUCAGGUCCAUUAAAUAAUAUUAAGAGAUACAACUUUUGAUUUUAAUAAUGUAUUAGUAAAUGCUGAAAUUAACAUUAACUAAGAUUAAUUAACGCUUUAAGGUAAUGUUAACUAAUGUAGUUAUCUAAUGUUACAAAUGGAACCUUGCUGUAAAGUGUUACCUAGAUGUUUUCUGGUUUACAUAUAGGAUUUUUUGUAAACAUUGUUAAAUUUUGGAGAACGUGUCAGUGUCCUAUUAAAUAUUAUUCACAUUGCACUUCUGUAACAUCUUUUAUUUUUUGUACUUCUUUAUUAAAACGUUUUUGUAAAUGAAAUGAUGUGGGUAACUUUUAACAAUUCCAAUUUGCAAUUGAAGAUGUAGAAUAAAGUCCUUAGUCUCACGGCUAGAAAGAAAAAAAUCCAUAAAUUAUUAGUCAAAAACAAUCUGAUUUUUAGAAGUCAGGCCAGAAAUGUAAGUGUCUGUAAUAUUUAAUCUCAUUUUGCACUCAAUCCUUCAAAGGUCAUGUUGCUUAGCAUUUGGACUGUGUUGGAGCCAUUUCACUAACGUGAACUUUUAUCAAAUAUCAAAUGUAAUCCGGUAUUUGAGCACUGAGUAGGCUAUGAUUUAAGUAUAAGUAUAGAGUUUGAAUAUAAAAGAGUGAAUUUUCAUUUAUUCUGUCCCUGGGCAUUGUGAGUUACUUAAAAAUCCAAUCCAAUUUAGAAAGAAAAGAAUAUGGGGUGUUUGAAGGUACAUGUUAUCAC